UAAUACGAGAAGUGUUUUUUACAGAAAUGUGCUUUACGUAGCCACUAGAUUAAGUCAGGUGGAAAAACCUAUAAUUAGUGUACUCUGUGUUGGAGGUGUUUUAAUACAAAAUUCAAGUUUAAUAUUAAUGAGCGUACAGAUUAAAUGACCUAAUCUGUAUGCUGUUCAGUGUGAGAACCUGUGUUUACCCUUUUUUUUUCCUAACGAGGUUGACCAUUUUGUUUGUUAGAAAAAGUAAUUCACUUGUAUUUGGAAGGCUGAUAUUUUUCAAUGAAAAUACUGACACUAGUGUAACUUUCUUGGAAAAAAAAACAAUAUGAAAUCUGUUUGGAUAUACUGUAGAAAAAGAUUAUGUCUGUUGCAACCUUGUAUUCUGAAAAUGAACUUACAGUACCGGCCUUUUCUGUCCUGCUACUGCCAAUGUAGACGUUGUAAUGUGUAUGUGUGCUAAAGCAACUGUGUAAUUAUUCAGCUUCUGACUGUAUGUUUUAUCAGACAUCUGUUGAGGAUCUUUGUUUCACUCUUUAUUAAUCUAUGUUGUUUAUUAUUUCUGCAUGAAAUAAUUUUACACUGAGUGUGCUCAUUCCAAGGUCUUUGGCAUGUAAAUCUUUGCAUAAACCCUUAUAUCCUUCAUUGUGUCAUUGCUUUCUCCUUUGCUUUCCCCGUAUAAAUGUUUAGGAAUUCCUGUUGUCCAUAACUUGUAACACUAAUUGUACAAUUGUACAAAUAAGUUUGACUUAUAUGGGGUGUGAAUUGUACUAAUCAUUUUAAAUGUUUUAAUGUGGCAGACCAUGUACACUUUAAAAAUUUAUUUUUAAACAAUGAAUGUUUCCUAAUACUAAUCUGAUUCAGUUAUUCUGAGGAAUCCAUUUCAGGUGAUUAAUGUUGGCAUUUUAUUAAUAUGUAGAAGAACAUUAGGAGCAUGCAUUGGUAAUCAUCACCAUAUUUAUAAUCAUCAUAAACAUUGGCAUAAUAUAUCAAUUAUUUUCGUUUUCUGACUGCUGGGUGGUAUACAGUAUAAAUCGUUUGUGUGAAUAUACUGAUUAAAAUACUAGUCAAGCCUUAAAGGUUAUAGUGUUAUUAAUUUCCUCAUAUAGCCAUUUUGUUGAUCAUAAUAUUCUCUUACUCCAUCUGACUUUCUUGUACAUUCACACCCACAGCCUGAUGGGAAGUGAGUGCUUUGAAUGAUGAAGGAGGAUGUUAGAUCAGAGAUUAUUUGGCAUGGCAAUAACAAUGUAUUUUUAAUUGUUGGCAAUGAGAAAAUAGCAAAAUUAUUCAAAAAACAUUAUUCAACCAGCUUCCAAACCAGCUUCCAAAAUUAAUACAAAUUGUGUGUCAGUAUAUGGGCAGAAAUACUGAUAUUUUUGGCAUCAAGAACUGCCAAGCUACAAUGGCAAAAGAAAAGAUUCAAGAAAUCAUACUGGGGCCGUAUCUGAGUCGGCACACUUGCUUACUAUUGAGUUUGCAAGUUGUAUCCAAGUUGUAUGCAGCUUGCAUACUCGAUAGUAGGCAAGUGCGCUGAUUCGGAGAACGCCUGGGUCUCGCUUUUGGGCCAGAUUUCUUCCGGGUAGUGCAGCCUUGAUGUGUCAACCUGCCCAGCCAUUUGACCUUGUAAACUGUGUUUUUAUACUGAAACUCAGUCCACACACUAUUUUGGAAGAUCGAGUCUUAUUGUAGCACCCUUUCAGCCUGUCCUAGUCAUUGACAUCAGGACAUUGCUAUUUUCAAUGGGCGAGAUGAAAGGUCGAUCUUAUCACUUCCUGAUCCGCCUCUCAUACAGUGCACAGUGGGAACACACUACAUUGCGCAGGCACCGAGUGUCCGGUUUGUCACGUAAAAGAUGUGCUCCUCAUAGUAGCGCCGCAAAAUUAGCUGGUUUACAGCAUUGAGGUUAGAAUGCGAGGUUAGAUUCACAAACCAUCCUAGACUUUUUUAUGUAUGAAAUUAUUCCUCAUAUUCUCAAAAUAACUCACUUUAGUGUGGGUGCUAGUGUCCCACUUUGCUGUCAUAGACUAUUUUAAGAUUGCUCCAGUCCUCUUCACUUCAUGGUAAUGGACUGCUUCAGCCCUCUUCCUUCCCUGCCCAUGCCUUGACACUGUCUUGCACCUCCAGAUCCAUCAUCUGGAUCCUCUAAACUGCAUUACUCUGAACUAUACCAUUUGGUCUAUUCCUGUUAGCUUUCACCUCAGCUAACCAGCUUAACCCAUUUUAUUUGUCUGGUACUUUACACCAGGCUGGCCAGUGGAGGAUGGGCUCCCCCUCUAUAGCAUGGUUCUCCUCUAUAUUUCUUCCCAUUAGGGAGUUUUUUUUCUCGGCGUAAUUGUUUGAGGGUUUUCUCCCCACUGGGGUUUUUUUUUUACCUUAUGCACUUGCUAUUUUGGGGUUCAGGCCUGGCGUCUGUUUGCUCUCUUGCCUAACAACCUGAUCUGACCAAUCUGCGCCACACUCCAGCACAGGAAGUGGCGGUAAUGUACCUUCCAUUCAGGGUCUUGGCUGCCAAUAAACACCAUCGAAGAAGCUUGUUCCGGAAACUGCACUGGAAAAUGCAGGUUGUUCUACAAAAGUCGGAGUUGUUUUUUUAAAACGCAUAAACAGCGAACAAUGGAACCCUCAAUGGAUCAUUCGCCUCCGAGGGCUGUACCAAGUUAUCCAAUGAAAUUAAUUAAAGUAAUCCGUUAAUGACCGAAUCGGUAAGUUUGUUUUCUCCAAUAAUCUUGAUGUUUUAACGAUUCUGUUUUUUGUCACCAGUAAGUUUCAAAUCGGGCUAUUUUCCUUCCUGUAAUGUUUACUUACGAUAUCGCGUUACUCACUAGGCUUCAUCGCCUGGCCCCAUCUACACUCUCCGGUUCAUAUAUAUAGGCACUAUAAUAAUAACGUGCGUAAUUCUGUGGCUAGAAUACGGUUCAGUUCUAGAACCGCGUGAAAUAAUCUCCGUCUCUUGGCAACAUGCUGCACCAUGGUUUGUCUUGCAAAUAUGAUGCAUUUAGUGAUGAUGUUAAGCGACAGGGGGUGAACACUAGGGGUGGUGAUUUUCAAUUAUUUCACAGAUCGACGGAUCGCAUAUAUUGUUCAAUGUUCUCGAUUCCAAAAUCGAUUCACAUCAUGGAUCAUCAAACACUAGUAGCCUACCCAAGUUUGUCGAUCAUGUGUUAAUGCUUAGUUUGUGUCAGUAAACACAGUCAUGGUCCGAUAAGACACAAAUAAUUUUAUUUUCCAGUAACAAUUGCUGCACGCACACAAAACCGAAAUCCACAGCGGCCUGGCUGAAUACUCAAUUCUGAUAGGCUGGGACAUGUGUAUUGAAAUGGUUGUCACAUUGAGAAUGGUUAACCACGCUCACCCUUCUGUCCACUCAUAUUUAUCAACAUGAAUCCCAGUUAGUAUGAUUGUAAACUCAACGAAUAAAGCGUAAAAGUUCAUUGUAAACUCAAUAAAGCGUAAAAGUACCAAUAUGUCUUGUUUGUUCCUUGUUACUGAUACAGAGUUCAAUCCCCCAAAUAACUCAAAACAAUAGAGUCAAUACCAACAGGAGAAUACACUGUUUGACAUUGGCAGGGAAAUUAGGCACAUUUCACUUGGAGCCCCACCCACAUAAUCAGCUGUGUUGCUCAUCCCACAAAUGCAUGAUCCUUACAAAUAGGACAUCAUUGUAAAGGGAAAUGAACAGGCUUUCCAAUGAUAUAAGAUACAAUGCUAAUACAGUAACAACAGAGAUAUGAUCGACCAAACACAAUUUUACAAACUUUUUUGAAGAGUUUAUGAAAAUAAUUGUUAAAUUUAAUGCAAGAUAGGCAUAACAUGUUAGGCCUACAAAUCUAUUGUGUACAUAUCAUCAUUCUUAAGUUUCAAACAUGUUGAAUUAAAAACAUCAUCUGGCUAAAAACGUCUCAUAGCCCUUUUUCUUGAAAGACAGACUAACUGUGUCAGGGAAGCAUUUUUGAAGCACUUUUCCUUAGCAUUUAGAGAAUUCGGCCUACUCUUAUCAUGACUGCCACUUAGAUACUUCCGGCUUAUUGCACUCAGUUAGGAACCUUCCUAAGCAAAAAAAUUCGGACUAUUCGGACCUAUUUUUCACAGUCUCUGAUUCGGACGCAGCCAGGGAGUGAGACUGUUGGUGAUUCUCAAAGUCUGUAACUCUACGUGUGCGUUCUUGGUAUUGAGAAGCACCCUGUAACUGGAAGGUCAGUCUGUAGCUGGGCAGGCCACGCCGGGUCUGUUAGAAGCAGAGACUGUAAAAAAUAGGUUAGAAGCGGCAUCUCAAGCUUGGGAAAGCUGUAAGCUGGUUUUGCAAGGAAUGCAUGCUGUGACAACAUUUUGACUUAAAGCCGAACUGAAUUUUAAAAUUAGGGACCCCGACUGAGUGUUGUCAUAAAAAGUAGCGUUCGUUGCUCAGCGCUAGCAUAUAGGGUAUUUGCUACAAUACUUAGACAGGCUGAUAUUCCCUUUGCCUUGGAAUCGCAUAUUUUAGAACGCACGUUCGCAUUACUAUUGGCGGAGGUAGUAAAUUCGCAUUGGACAAUUUCCCUCAGCACAGGGCAUUCAAACGGCACAGUGCUCAACCACUCGGCCAUUAUCGCGCUUGUACAACGGCUCACCAACAAGAUCGAGUAGGCACGUGUCCGACGAUCAAUCCAUUGUUCGUACCCAUCUCUAGUGAAAACCACUACUAAUCUGGCAAUGUAGUGGAGCGUGAUUUGUCUGAGGGCCAGCUUGUCCGUUCUGUCAGUCCCAGUAUGAGAGACAGGACGUACAGGCUUAUGAAGAAUGGUCAGAUAGCUGAGGUCAGAUAUUGGGCUAUAGCUAGAUAGCUAAAAUUAACUAGAGACAAUGAGUAAGUGCUAAUCUUGGCAUGCGCUACUUCUAAGUAGCCACCCCUGUAGGCAACAAGGAUGUUCUAAGACUAGUGGAAAUUCAAGCAGUUUUGCUCAGUGGAAAAGAUCUAUAAGAUUAUCAGAAAGUUAAACUACAUUUGACAAUAAAUUCAUUAAGUAGGCCUGGAAUUGGAAUUGUUUUGUUGUUGCUCAAAGCCAGUUCUUAAGGAAACAAAUGUGAAUUCUUAAUGAAACACCAUUAACCCUUUUCAAUCACUCUGCAUCUCAUGAUGGACCUAUUUCAAAACAUUUUUAUUUUCCUUAAUAAUAGUUAUCACAUCCUUAUCAAAUUAAACUGCCCAUGUUUUUGAUCAGGUUUAGCAAUAAAGGCUAUUUACAGACUAGAUGGUAACAUAUUCACGUGCAUGAAGAAUAAAUUAUGAAUUUAUACUGUGUUUUGUAAUACUUUAAAUAUAAUAUUUAUCAAACCUCUGCAGUUUUCUCUUGCAUUCACUUUGAUGCAAGUGAGUCUUGGUCUCAUCGGUCCACACGACCUUUAUCCUGAAUUUUGCCGGGUCUUUUAGGUACUUCUUAACAAUCUGUCACCUGGCCAUCCUGUUUUUGCUGAUAUCUUAUGGAUUGCAUCUUGCAGUGUAUCCUCUGUACUUCUGUCCAUGAAGACUUGCGUGGUCAGUAGUCGGCAUCGAAACCUGCUGCCGGAAGUCUUGCUGAGGAUCUGCAUUUUAACCACAUGAGCUGCACUUCUGAGCAGCAGUAUGAUGCAGACAGGAGUCUGUCUGAGACAGGACACUGAGACAACACUUCCAGAGCUCACUGAGCAGCACAGGAUCAGACAGAAAGAAGAGGAACUCAGUGGACUGGAGCCUGUCCACAUGGCAGAGUCAGAGACAGAGUGUGCUGCACCAGGACUCAACACACUGGAGCCAGAGUGUGUUACAGCACACAGUGGGGUCAGUGAUGUACAUCACACACACACAUCACUUAAAACAGAAACUCAUCUGGACUCUCCCCAAACUGGGGAUUUUAUUAAGACAGAGAACCUAGACAGUGCAGAGCUGGGAUGUAUAAGCCAUCUGCAUUCUGACCAAACCAAAACAGAGUCUGUUGAUGGUGGAUAUGUUAAGGUAGAACACAUCAGUGAGUUACAGGAUAUUAAAUAUGUUAAUUUUAAAUCAGAGAAAAUCAAGUCUGAAUGUUUGAUGAGUGAUGUCAUGAACACUGUGAUGAAUGGAGGUGCUGUUGGAGAGCCAAACCAAAACUGUAAAAAUGAAGAAAUGACCCAGUGUGGGGUUUUAGAUCACAACUGUGACAUAAACAAUGAGAAUACUCAGCCCAGAAUUGUCCUGCAGAAAAGUAUAAACAGUAGGAAAAAAAAUAUUGAUCGUAAGAAGACAGGUCACAGAAAUCAAAGAAAAAUUAAUAUGAGUGAAAAGCGGUAUAGGUGUACACAGUGUGAGAAGUGUUUUUCACAGAAAAGUGCUUUAAGUCGCCACAAGAGAAUUCAUACAGGUGAAAAGCCGUACAGGUAUAAACGGUGUGAGAAGUGUUUUUCACUGAAAGGUCUUUUAACUUGCCACAAGAGGAUUCAUUCAGGUGAAAAGCCAUUCAAGUGUGCACAGUGUGAGAUGUGUUUUUCACAGAAAAGUACUUUAAAUUCCCACAAGAGGAUUCAUACAGGUGAAAAGCCGUACAAAUGCACUGAGUGUGAAAAGUGUUUUUCACAAACAAGUACUUUAUAUAGCCAUAAGAGGAUUCAUACAGGUGAAAAACCCUACAAAUGUACAGAGUGUGGAAAGUGUUUUUCCCGAAAUAGUGUUUUAAAUGACCACAAGACGAUUCAUUCAGGUCAAAAGCUGUACACAUGUUCUGAGUGUGGGAAGUGUUUUUCACAGAAAAGUUCCUUAAAUCGCCACAAGAUGAUUCAUACAGGUGAAAAGCCAUACAAAUGUCCUCAGUGUGGGAAGUGUUUUUUACAGAAAAGUAAUUUAAAUAGCCACAGGAUUAUUCAUUCAGAUGAAAAGACAUGCAAUUAGUGUACUCUGUUUGGGAUGUUUUAAUACAGAAGUACAAUUUAAAUAUUAAUGUGCAUAUGGAUUAGAGUUACUGGUAUUCAGUAUGAGGAGUUUUUUAAUACAGAAUAUUCAUUAGAUACUCACCUGAGAGUUCAUUCAGAUUAACAACCUUGCCAUCAGAGAAAUGCUACAGGUGAAUAGCGCUCCAAUUAAAUUCUGCUUGAGAAGUGUUUUUUAUAUGCAAGUGCUUUAAAUUGCUACAAGAUAAGCUGAAAACUCUUACAAAGGAAAGCGCUUUGCAUGCAUUCUGUGCAAGGAUUUUCUGUUGUGCAUCAUUUAAAUAUUUAAAUCUUGACCAAAAAUGCUUUCAGAGGGAAAGAUGUUUUCUCAUUGUUGAAAGGUUUAAAAUACCCCAUCUGGUUUAAAUGAUACCAUAAAACAUAAAAAAUCAUAAGCACAAUGGUUGAUUAUGUUAUUUUCAGAACAUAAACUUCCAUGAGAAACUAAAUGAAUGUAACUAAUGUGGGAAGUUUGCUUAUAUGUGAAAUUUGCUUGUAUACGUGGGUUUGCAUAAAGCCUUUGCCAAUUGAAUAAACUAAAUUAUAAAUUAUUAUUGAAUAUAUAUAUAUAUAUAUAUAUUGUUUUGUUCACACUUUUACUAUUAUGAACCAUUAUACUUUUAAACCAUACAUACAGUUGAACUGUUGAAACUGUGAAUCUAGCACAUAUCUGUCUGAAUGAAGACAGAUGCUCGACCCUACCCCCACCUCCCUGCUCCUAUGGAACUUUGUCUCUGGAUCAGGACUCUUCGAGGUCGUCUCCACAGCAACGGCCGUGUCCUCGUCAUCAGUAUCAGACGGCAGAGACAAUGUUGAGACUGUGGUGGAGAUGAAGUCCAUGGACUUACACACACAUGCACACGAAGAUACAUAACACACACACCACCUCCUACUCAACGCCUUCUUGGCUCCCUCCCCCGUUACAGUGCAGUCUGCUGAGGGUUGAUGCGAUGCGCCUGAGCGGCUGCGCGCUCCCCCCAGUGUCUGUGCUGCGACACUUCCCCUCCCCAACACCCUACCCCCUACCACAUGUGCAAGCCUUCGAGUUUUGUUGUAAUGUUUGUAAUGUUUUUAUGAUGUUGCUAUGUGCUGAGGUUUGUCUUCGUUUCAAUGAAACGAGUGCCCUCUCGUCUCAUUGAAAGGACUGUUUUUUUCCUCCUCCUUCCUCCUGUUCGCUCAUUUCUCCUAAUAAGAUGGUGCCGCGGAUGGCUGCCUCGGUGUGUUGACCAAAACAAAUUCCUCGUAUGUGUAAACCUACUUGGCAAUAAAACUUGAUUGAUUGAUUGAUUGAUUGAUUGACAUAUGUAUAUGUCCCCAGUUGGACACACCCUUGAGUAAGGUACUUAACCUGCACUGCUUCAGUAUAUAUAUACAGCUGUAUAAAUGGAUGCAAUGUAAAAAACUUGUGUAAGUCACUCUGGACAAGAGCGUCUGCUAAAUGCAUGUAAUGUAAUGUAAUGAAAGCUCCACUACAGGGUACUGACUCCUCAAUAAAAAUUUUGAAUUUUA